AUGGAGACGGAGAGACUGCUGCGUGCGGGGCCCAGUGAGAUCUCGGUAAGGCCGGAGCGCGCCACGCAGUACGAGGCAUUUUGCCUCCGGGACGACCCGUGCGCACCAGCACAGCCCGGAGAGCAGGACGGAGGCGCCCGGCAGGCGCCGCGGAUCGCCCGGCUCCCGUGGACGCAGAAGAAGCUGCUGGCGGUGCUGUCACUGGUCAGCAUGCUGAACGGCUCGCUGCAGGCCGUCAUGAUCCCGUUCUACCCGGUGGAGGCGGCCCGCCGUGGCGUACCUCAGGCCACCAUCAGCGCCGUGUUCAGCUGCUUCGCUGUCGUGCAGAUGGUGCUGAGCGUCGCCACGGCCGGCCUCUCCACCGUCAUCUUCGGCACGCUCGACUUCAUCGCCGACACGCGGUCGUUCGUGGUGGCGUGCUUCCUGGUGCGCCUGCUGGAGGCGGUCGGCUCAGCAGCCGUGGCCACGUGCGCCUACACCGUGGUCGGCAGCGAGUUCCCCAGCCGGCUGGGCACGGCCGUGGCCGUGCUGAACUCGGCGCAGACGCUCGGCCUGGCGUUGACGCCGCCCCUCUGGAGCGGCCUGUACGCCGUCGGCGGCUUCGGCACCCCCUUCUACACGCUCGGGCUCACCAUGCUGCUGAUGUCGGCGCUGAUCCUGCGCCUGAUACCCGCGCUGCGCGAGGAGGCCUGCGUCCGCCACAAGGACUUGGCCGUCACUCUGCGAGUGUUUGCCAGCUCCAUCGACAACUGGGUGUGCCUGAGCGUCGUGUUCGUGUUUGCGGUCGACUUCAGCACCGUGGACUCGUGCAUCGCGCCCUUCGCCAGCGGACAGCUCGGAAUAGGGCUGGCACACAUUGGCCUCUACUUCCUCGUCAGCACGAGCUUGUACGCCAUCGUCAACAUGUUCUGGGGGUGGCUAACGGAGCGUCUGCGAAACCCGUACACCAUGAUGGCGCCGUGCCUGUUGAUGUCCGCCUUGGGCGUUCUGCUGCUGGCGCCCCCUCCUCUGCUGGGCGUGCCGCUCUCCUGGUGGAUGCUGGGCCUGGGCAUGUGCAUCGAGGAGGUGUUCUUCGGCGGCGCCAUCGCCCCCUGCUUCAAGAUGGUGCUGGAGGCUAGCAUCGCGCGUGGCCUGCCAGACAAUUUGACCACGAGGUCCUUCGUAUCCAGCAUGUUCCAGACGGCCUUCUCAAUGGGCGUGGCGGUGGGGCCGAUCUCCGGCGGCGCUGUCGUGGACGGCUACGGGUUUCCUGUGAUGACCACUGCGCUGGCGGCCUUCACUGCCACCGUGGGGGUGCACGGCGAAGCCGUCGGCUGUCUGGCCGGCUUUGGCGAUGUUGGCGCAUGUGGCGUCAGGCCAGAGAAAAACACCACUGACCUCGCCCCGCUCGACACCCUUGACGACGUGGUGGCCCUGCUGGGUGACGAGGGCCUGCGCGCAGGAGCUGGCUCGCUACUGCAGGAGCAGGAGCAGGAGCAGGAGCCGCUGCCUCGCUACUGCGUUUGA